AUGCGGCCGCUGCUGCUCCUGGCCCCGCUGGGCUGGCUGCUCCUGGCCAGGGCGAAGGCGGACGCCAAGCCGGAGGACAACCUCUUAGUUCUCACGGUGGCCACGAAGGAGACCGAGGGGUUCCGACGCUUCAAGCGCUCCGCCCAGUUCUUCAAUUACAAGAUCCAGGCACUGGGCCUGGGGGAGGACUGGCCUGGAGAGAAGGCAACGUCGGCGGGCGGAGGGCUGAAGGUCCGGCUGCUGAAGAAGGCUCUGGAGAAGCAUGCAGACAAGGAGAACCUGGUCAUUCUCUUCACAGACAGCUACGACGUGGUGUUCGCCUCGGGGCCCCGGGAGCUCCUGAAGAAGUUCCGGCAGGCCCGGAGCCAGGUGGUCUUCUCGGCCGAGGAGCUCAUCUACCCCGACCGCAGGCUGGAGGCCAAGUACCCGGCGGUGGCCGACGGCAAGAGGUUCCUGGGCUCCGGAGGCUUCAUGGGUUAUGCCCCCAGCCUCAGCAAGCUGGUGGCCGAAUGGGAGGGCCAGGACGGUGACAGCGACCAGCUCUUUUACACCAAGGUCUUCUUGGACAAGGAGAAGAGGGAGCGGAUCAACAUCACCCUGGACCACCGCUGCCGCAUCUUCCAGAACCUGGACGGAGCCCUGGAUGAGGUUGUGCUGAAGUUUGAAAUGGGCCACGUUCGAGCUCGGAACCUAGCCUACGACACCCUCCCAGUCCUGAUUCAUGGCAACGGACCCACCAAGCUGCAGCUGAACUACCUGGGCAACUACAUCCCGCGCUUCUGGACCUUCGAGACGGGCUGCGUUGUGUGUGACGAGGGCCUACGGAGCCUCAAGGGCAUCGGGGACGAAGCUCUCCCCUCGGUCCUGGUGGGCGUGUUCAUCGAGCAGCCCACGCCGUUCCUGUCCCUGUUCUUCAAGCGGCUCCUGCGCCUCCACUAUCCCCGGAAACGGAUGCGGCUUUUCAUCCACAACCACGAGCAGCACCACAAGGCUCAGGUGGAGCGGUUCCUGGCGGAGCAUGGCGGCGAGUACCAGUCCGUGAAGCUGCUGGGCCCCGAGAUGCAGGUGGCGAACGCCGAUGCCAGGAACAUGGGCGCGGACUUGUGCCGGCAGGAUCUCGGCUGUACCUACUACUUCAGCGUGGAUGCCGACGUGGCCUUGACCGAGCCCCAAAUCCUGCGGCUGCUGAUUGAGCAGAACAAGAACGUCAUCGCCCCGCUGAUGACCCGCCACGGGAGGCUGUGGUCCAACUUCUGGGGCGCGCUGAGUGCCGACGGCUACUACGCCCGCUCCGAGGACUACGUGGACAUCGUGCAGGGGCGGCGAGUGGGCGUCUGGAACGUGCCCUACAUCUCCAACGUCUACCUGGUGAAGGGCAGUGCGCUGCGGGCGGAGCUGCAGCAGACAGACCUGUUCCGCCACCGCAAGCUGGACCCCGACAUGGCCUUCUGUGCCAACGUCCGCCAGCAGGAGGUGUUCAUGUUCCUCACCAACCGGCACACCUUCGGCCACCUGCUCUCCCUGGACAACUACCAGACCAGCCACCUCCACAAUGACCUCUGGGAGGUGUUCAGCAACCCUGAGGACUGGAAGGAGAAAUACAUUCACGAGAACUACACCAAGGCCCUGGCGGGGAAGCUGGUGGAGAUGCCCUGCCCGGAUGUCUACUGGUUCCCCAUCUUCACGGAGACGGCCUGCGACGAGCUGGUGGAGGAGAUGGAGCAUUUCGGCCAGUGGUCUAUGGGCGAUAACAAGGACAACCGCAUCCAGGGCGGCUACGAGAACGUGCCGACCAUCGACAUCCACAUGAACCAGAUCAGCUUUGAGCGGGAGUGGCACAAGUUCCUGGUGGAGUACAUCGCGCCCGUGACGGAGAAGCUGUACCCCGGCUACUACACCAGGGCCCAGUUCGACCUGGCCUUCGUCGUCCGCUACAAGCCUGACGAGCAGCCCUCGCUGAUGCCACACCACGACGCCUCCACCUUCACCAUCAACAUUGCCCUGAACAGAGUGGGGGUGGAUUACGAGGGCGGUGGCUGUCGGUUCCUGCGCUACAACUGCUCCAUCCGAGCCCCGCGGAAGGGCUGGGCCCUCAUGCACCCCGGGAGACUCACGCACUACCACGAGGGGCUCCCCACCACCAAAGGCACCCGCUACAUCGCCGUCUCCUUCGUCGAUCCCUAA